AUGAGUGCUGGUCUCGGUAGUAACAACAACGACAAUAACCAGGACCCUCAAAACAACAAAGUUGCUGCAAGUACCAUUUUCAACGACUUACUAGAGUCGUCGAAAAACUUGCCGUCGACCUCGUCCGAGCUGGGUUCCAUCCAAUUGAGUCUUCAUGAAAUCAACAGACGCACAAGAGAACUGAGAAAUGCUCACUAUGAGAGGGACGACGGUCACGUAGAGGAUCAUCAAUUCGCUCCGAAUAAGAGGAAUAAAGCCAAUGAGAGACAAUUAUUGCCUGUGGAUCAUACUAAGGCUCAUUAUUUGUUGGCUAACAGUGGUGUUGCGUUCGAUGAUAUCGAUUCCUCUUUGAAGUUUUUACAGAAUGGUGAGACUAAUAAGUUGAAGAGGAAUCAAGCUGUUGGUCAGACUAAUAGUUUGACUUCACAGACUCAGAGUCCUAUGGAGAUCGACAGUUAUUUGAAGAUUAAGAAAGAAGAAAAUAUCUUGUCAUCGAUUGAAUCUUUGUUGUCUAAUGCAGCAAAGGAUUUCGAUUCAUUUGUUAAUUCAAAUUUAAAUUUGGAUUGGAAUCAAAGAAAGAAUAUUAUCAGAGAAAAUUUCGGUAUCUUAAUCAACAAUAAAGGUACUACUACUACAGCUUCAUCAUCUACUACUAUUCCAAAAGAUUUCGUGAGCGCAACUUUGAAGAAACACUCUAUUAAUCCUGAAAUUCCUGUCUGGGGUAAUAAUUCUUUGAGAAUCCUAAACGAUAAUUACAACGAAUCUAAAUUGAAUGUUAAUGAAAAUCAUUUGGUAAGAGAAAAUUUUGAAACACAUGCGAAGAUUGUUUACAAAUUCAACAAUUCAAGACAAGCAGGUCAACCUAUCCAAUUAACUAAAGAAUUCAUCUCAUUAUUAUCUAGGAAUCCUAACGAUACUAAAAACAGACAAAUGUUAGAAACUUGGAAAAUCUUAGAUACUUUACAUGAUAAUCAAAAUUCGACUAAAAUCAAUACUGUAGAAAGAUCUAAGACAUACUUGGAAAAACAAUUUUUAGAUUAUGUUAAUUUAUUAUACAACAAAAAAAUGGAUGAAGGGUUACCAACAAAUAUUAAUAAGGUUAAAUCAUUUAUUGAUAGUAAGCUGAAAAACACUGACAAUUCAUGGAAAAUCAAGAAUUUAACUGUGGCUAAUAGUAUCCCAAUUUGGGCACUGAUUUUCUACCUAUUAAGAGCUGGGUUGAAAACAGAAGCUCUCGAAGUUGCGACCAGUAACAAAUCAAGUUUCAAGAAGGUCGAACAAUCAUUCCUAGGUUAUUUCAAGGCAUACAUUUCCUCAAAGGAUGGCACUUUACCAUUGGAGUUCUCCAACAGACUUCAUACCGAGUACAACCAGCAUAUUAAAAACUCUUUGAAUGGUGAUCCAUUUAGACUGGCUGUCUAUAAAAUCAUUGGUAGAUGUGAUCUAACCAGAAAGAACAUCUCAGCUGUAACUUUGAACGUCGAGGAUUGGUUAUGGGUCCAUUUCAUGCUCAUGAAAGAUGAUAUCAGUGAAGAUGACCCAAUAUAUGAAAGAUAUACAUUUACCGAUUUCCAGAACAUCGUUACCUCAUAUGGUCCAUCUAGAUUUACGAACCAUUACUUACAAGUUCUAGUGUUAAGUGGCCUAUAUGAACUAGCCAUUGCAUAUGUUUAUGCUAUUAAUGAAAUGGAUGCUGUUCAUUUAGCUAUUGUAAUGGCUAGUUUGAACUUAUUGAAAUUCCCUUCAAUUUCAUCCAUUGUGAACAAGACUGAACAAUACAAUAGAGAUAUUAAUAAUAAUAACGACCGUAAUAAUGGUAGCGUUGGUGGAUUUUCCCCACUUGGAGAGAGACUAUUAUCCAUCAAUGAUAAGAAUGAAAGAGAAAUUGAUUUCACCAGAAUUAUAAGUAAUUAUGUGAAAUCUUUCAAAUUUUCUGAUCCAAGAAUUGCUAUAGAAUACAUUAUUUUAAUCGGAUUAAGCACAGAGAAACAAAAUGAACAAGUUCAAUUAUGCCAUGAAGCUUUGAGAGAAUUAGUACUUGAGACCAAAGAAUUUGCGAUUUUAUUAGGUAAGAUUAGCAGAGAUGGUACAAGAAUCCCAGGUGUUAUCGAAGAAAGAUUACCUCUAUUACAUUUACGUGAUGAGAGUGAAUUUUUGCGUGUUAUCACAGAACAAGCCGCUCGUAAUGCCGAUGAAGAUGGUAGAGUCCACGAUAGUUUAUUAUUGUAUCAAUUAUCAGAGGAAUAUGAUAUCGUCUUAUCUAUUGUCAAUAAUCUACUUGGUGAUAUUUUGAGUAAUGCUGACUUGACACAACCUCUAUUACAAGUGAGUGAUAACAGUGAAACAAAUCCUAUCCUUUUAGCAAGAAAACUAAUUACUACUUUUGCUGAUAAUCUAGAGAUUUCAAAGAAGAUUUCCAAUAAGAAUUCUGAUACAUGUCUUUUCUUACUGAAGAUGGUUGAUAUUAGAGAUUCAUUCUUAAGUAAACAAUGGCAGCAAACUCUAACCAUGAUUAAAGAAUUAAAUAUUUUACCAUUUGCUGAUGAACUUUCAGCAAGGGAAAAAGCACAAGAAUUUACCACUUUGAAUGAGAAUUUAAUCAAAUGUAUACCAAACCUAUUAAUUAUUACAAUGACAUGCGUCUCAAGAUUAGUUGAAAAUCUGAAUAAGAGUGAAUAUCAAUCUAUGGAAAAAGCACAACAGAUCAAUUCUUUGAAGAAUAUUGCUAAAAAUUGUAUGAUAUAUGCUGGUGUUAUUCAAUAUAAAAUGCCUAGGGAGACAUUUAGUACAUUAAUCAAUUUAGAUGUUACAUUAUGA